AUGCAGAAGUGUCGCGCCGUGCAAGGCGCAUUCGGCUCAAAGGCCAUCCUCGCUCCGCCCGCCUCUUCCGCCCGCCUGCAACCUCAUGUCCAGAAGAGAAGCCUACAAGACAUAUUUAUUACUCGCACAGGUACCCCGAUCAUAAAAGUGCAGGGUGGACGGUAUGUGUCAAAUCCCUCAACUCGCACCAUAGACAUCGAGAAAAAUAUUCCGGUGCUAACUAGCAUAUUUGCGUUCAUGCAAGGAUGUACAGUUAUUGUUCCCUUCCGGGAGGAGAUGACCAAACGCCAUCUCAAAGUUACCGGUGACCUGGGGCGUGUUAUCUUCACGGAAUUCGAUCUCCGGAACACCCAGUCAAUUGAAGAAAGCGUACGCCAUUCGGAUGUCGUGUACAAUUUAAUUGGCCGAGAUUAUCCCACAAAGUAA